GGGGGCCCGAAAGCAGGCGAACGCGCAGGGGGAAGUCGUCAACUGCAGCGCCUGGAUCGCGGGCUUGUUCCCCCUCCACGACCGUCGCAGCCAAAGGGAGACAGACAGCCUUCCCCCGAACCAGCUGCGUGCGCCUCCGGUCAGCGUCGCGGGCGCCAUGAGAACGGCCCCCUCGCUGAGCCGGCCCGUGGGCUCCGGCAAGAUCUCCUUCGACCUCGGCGACAACGCAGACCCGCGCUCGGCGACGACGGAGAACCUUCGGCGGAUCCCGGUUCCGCGCUCGCCCCCGGGCACCGGGAAAGUGUCUGCCAGCUACGCCGUGGGCGACCAGCGCGGCGUCGGAUUUCGGGGCCACGCAGGGGAAGUGGAUUCCUGCAAGGGUUCUCACGGCCAACCCAGACGGCACCUGGGAUCUCGACUGUAAGCCAGCCGUGCCCGCGGAAAAAAUCCGCUGGCCUUCCACGGCCGACGCCCUCUACGCGGUUGGCGACGUCGUGGAGUACUUCGGCGCGACGCAGGGCAAGUGGAUCCCAGCGAAGGUGCUCAAGGUAAACCCUAGUGGCACUUUCGACCUUGACUGCAAGCCCCUCGUGCCGCCCGAGAAGAUUCGGCGGCCGCCGGCGGCCGCCAAGUUCAAGGCGGGCGAGGCCGUGGAGUACUUCAGCAGCACGCAGAACAGGUGGAUACCCGCGAAAGUGCUGGCAGCCAAUGACAAUAACACCUUCGACCUGGACUGCAAACCCCAGGUAGCCCCUGAGAACAUCCGUGUUGCCUCCGUGGCCCCUUCCGCUCCGCCCAGCCCGCAGCUGCCCGUGCCCCCGCCAGCCGCAGGCAUCACCACGGCCGCCGAUCUCAGCAGGCCCGCGGCAGCAACGGCUUACAGCCCCGGGGAGUCCGUGGAGUAUUUCGGGGCGACGCUGGGCAAGUGGAUCCCGGCCAGGGUGGUGCGGGCGAACGCAGACGGGAGCUACGACCUGGACUGCAAGCCGGCGGUGGCUCCCGACAGGAUCCGGCGGCCGCACAGUACCUCGGGGCACCGGGCCGGGGACCUGGUCGAGUACUUCAGCGCGACCCACGCGAGGUGGAUCCCCGCCAAGGUGUUGUCCGUCGGCCCGCGCGGCCUCUACAACCUCGACUGCAAGCCGGACGUGGCGCCGGACAAGAUCCGCAAGCCCGAGAGCGAGGUGCCGCCCGCGGCUCCGGGCCACGCGUUCGAGGAGGGCGACGCCGUGGAGUACUUCGGCGCCACCCAGCGCCGCUGGAUCCCGGCGCGGGUGCUCAAGGCGAACCUGGACGGCACCUACGACCUCGACUGCAAGCCCGCGGUGCCGCCCUCGAAGGUGCGGGCGCCGGGCUCCGCGGACCAAGGGGCGCCCGCCAGCACCGGCACGUCAGUGGACCUGCUCCCGCCCUCGGGCACCGUGCCCGGCACCCAGCUCCAGACGCUGCUGCCCCCCGCCGCCCACUCCGGCAGCGCCGCAGGGGCUGUCCUCGGUGAGCCGGUGCAGCUGCUGCGCGCGCGCCGUGCGGGCGCCGCAUGGCGCUACGAGGUGUGCCCCGAGGGCGCUGCGGCGCUGGAGCGGUACGGUUCACGGCGCAUUGCGGUGGCAGCCAUCUCCGGGCUGCAGCGCAGCGGGAAGAGCUUCCUGCUGGACCUGCUCACGGAGCGCAAGCAGCGCGGAGACCGCUGCAGCAGCGCGCCCACCCAGGGCCUGUGGCUCCACGGCGCACUGGACGGCGACGCGGGCAGCCCACUGCUGGCGCUCGUCGACUGCGAGGGCCUGGACGGCGCGGGCUCGGACCCUGCGCACAGCUCCCGCUUGAUGACCCUGUGCGCCUUGCUCUCGUCGGUCUUCGUCAUGAACUCGAGCGGGCGCUUAGACGACGACGUCUUCAGCGCGCUGGCGCCCAUCUGCCGCCUCGACGCCAACGCCGAGGAGCGCGGCGGCGAGCCCUGCAGACCGGAGCUCCUGUGGCUGCUGCGCGACCUGCCGCCGGAGGAGCUCGUGGAGUCGGCGGACGACCACCUGGAGAGUGCACUGUACUCCACCGCGGCAGGCCGGGACGCAACGAGCAGGCAGCCGGCGCGGGAGGUGCGGCAGGGCCUGCUCAAGUUCUUCCGGCACCGCGGCUGCGUCGCGCUGCCGCCGCCCGUGCCGGGCGCGCAGCUGCAUCAGCUGGACCAGCUGCCCUUCUCGGCGCUCAGCGACGAGUUCCGCGGUGGCCUGGAGAGGCUUCGCUCCCACCUCGUCGCCGGCUGCCUGGCCAACCCGAAGGCGGUGGGCGGGCAGCCGCUCGGGUGCCUCUCCUUCGUGGCGCUGCUGCGGCAGCUCGUGGCGGCCGUGAACGACGACCGCAUCCUCAGCAUGAAGGGCGCCUGGGAGACGGUGCAGCACACCGUGUGCGGCACGCUGGCCGACGAGCUGCGGGCGCAGGCGGCCGAGCGGCUGCACGCGCUGGCCGCGGGCCAGCCGGUGCCCGGCGGUGCGCGGCUGCCUUUGACGGACGAGGCUCUCCGCGGCGUGCUCCGCGACCAGCGCCACUCACUCAAGGCGCAGUGGGACGAGCGCGCGGUGGGCGAAGAGUGCGUGCGUCGCGAGUACUGGCAGGAGCUCAAGGAGACACUGGCCCGCGAGGAGACUUUGGUGCGCGUGCGGAACGCGAGGCUUGCCGACCAGCAGCUCAUGGACGCCCUGCGGUCCUGGCAGGAGAGUGGCUCGACACCGACGGCGACGCCGACGCCCAGUCCGUCUCCGACAUCUGCGGGCAGCUGGGGUCCACCAUGGACAGGAUGCCCGCGGUGCCCCUGGCGCGCGCCGGGCGUGCCGCCGUGCAGGCGGCCGCGCGGCGGGUGUCGGAGGCGCAUGGCGCGGUGGUGGCAACGUCGGAGAGGCAGCGGAGCCUGCAGCGCGACGCGGUUGCCUUCGGGGAGCGUGCCGCGCAGCAGGAGGGCACCGCCCGCUCCCAGCUGGACUCGGUGCGGGCGGAGCUCGCCGAGGCCCGCGCCGGCAUCGACGAGAAGGAGCAGGCGGCCGUCCGCGUGAAGAAGGAG